UACUUCAACCACAAUUCUCAAGUUAGUAACAAUGUCCGUCCAACCAAUAGUAAUCAGUCUAGGUAACCCUCUCCUCGACAUUCAAGUCGGUCCGGAAGAAGGGCCUGCCUAUUUGGAGAAAUAUGGUUUGAAAGCGAAUGAUGCUAUCCUAGCCGAGGAAAAACAGAUGCCGAUAUACGACGAUAUCGUCAAGAACUGUGACGUUACUUAUGUGGCUGGUGGGGCUGCUCAGAAUGCCGCUAGGGCUGCUGCUUACAUCCUCCCUCCCAACCACGUAGCCUAUAUCGGUUCCGUAGGCGAUGACGAUCUCAUGCGUACCCUUUCCUCUGCCAACGCCGCCGAAUCAGUCAUUUCAGCAUAUCAAGUCCAACCUUCUCCAGCACGUACAGGAGCCUGUGCCGUCAUUCUUUCCAACCAUGAUCGUUCUUUAUGUACCACCCUCCGUGCGGCUGAAAUGUUCACUCCGUCUCAUCUUGCCACACCUGAGAUCUCUGAAUUACUGUCGAACGCCAAAUUUUUCUACAUCGAAGGAUAUUUUCUCACUCAUGGGAUAGAGAGUGCUUUGGAGGUUGCUAAGAUGGCUAGUAGUAGAGGAAAAACUGUGGUUUUGAAUCUAAGUGCUCCUUUUAUCGCUCAGUUUUUCAAGGUUCAGUUGGAUGAGUUGUUACCUCAUGUGGAUAUAUUGAUUGGGAAUGAGAGUGAAGCUGGGGCGUAUGCUGAGGCUGCUGGGAUGGGGUCUCAAUCCCUCGAAGCCACAGCUUUGACCUUGGCGGCGAUUAGUAAAUCCAACCCUUCACGUUCCCGUCUAGUCAUCAUCACCCAAGGUGCUCAAGCUACUCUGGUAGCUUCUUCUUCCCCCUCUACCUCUCCUUCAAACCUCAAACCUACAGACCCUAAUCCCAAGACAUACCCCGUACCUCCCCUAGCGCCGGAGAAGAUAAUCGAUACCAACGGUGCUGGUGAUAUGUUUGCCGGAGGGUUCUUAGGUGCUUUAGCGUUGGGUAAAGAUUUGGAUGAAUGUAUUGAGGUGGGACAUAAAUUAGGACAAAUGUGUUGUGGUCAAAUCGGACCAAAGUUGGUGUUUCCAAAGGAGACUGUGGUUUGAGUUGGGAUGUUGGAAGUAUGUCUUUCAUCUUCCUCAUGAUCUCAUGACCUCUGAAGUGAGACGAUUGGUCAAACACAUCUUUCCCUCAAUCUCCUCACAUAUGAAUAAAGACUUAGAUGGUAACAUAUAUAUAUAGAUGGAAGACGUAGAAGAUGACUUUCGACUCAUGUUAAUGCAUCAUAUUUGACAGAUG